ACAGGGGAGAGCACGCUUCUCCAAGUGCGCAACGACGAGGACCCGGAACUUAUCAAAAUGAAAAAUCCCCCCUCCCCAUAUCAAAGCGGGAAUUUGUGUAGCAUGAUUUGUAAUCACAAAACAACACAUUGUCAUGCUAGAAGGGAAGUAGAGAUGCGGACUGUAGUAGUGGCUCGCGCUGGAAAGCCGUGCUUCUGCAGCAUGACAGGAGGCAACUGGAAGCGGAAAACAGCAUAACAGAUUGCCUGCAAGCAAAACCGCAACUGCAUCUCUUGCUGGCCUUCUAGCAAUACAAGUCGAUUUGUGUACCCAAAUGUCACGAGUUCUCCUUUCGAUAGGGCGGGGAGAGGGGAUUUAUUUUCCUCACGAUAGAACUGUUCCUGAAACUAGAAGGCAUCGUCGAGCAGCUGAAGCAGCUUUAUCCUAAUGUAAAAACGUUCUCACCCUAGAAUUGUCAUGCAAAGUGGCAUGCCUAAACACGUCUCGUGCGCAACCCCACGAGAGCCAUUUUCUCAUGCUAUCCGGAAGUUUGUGAUGCUGGAAUCAGGAUGAGGUUGUCGGUUUGUGAUGCGUCUCCACUAGCUACCUAAAACACCACUACCAUACGCGUUCAAAGAACUGAUCAUGCGGCGCGCUAGGCAAAACUUGUGGAGUUGCGUAGUAAAAUCCGGAUCUGGACUCUGUGGUGGGAAUUACGUUUUUCGCCACAAUAAGCUCAACUCCAAGGCCUCCACCACAAGCGGUCCCGGGACGACCGCACUGAACUCGAAGGUGAGCGCGCCGACCACUUUCCAGCCGGAAGAACCACCGACAACGGCGCCAAACCUGGCGUGGAAGCCCCCGAUGGUAUCAAAUGCAAAAAUGUCUGGGUCUGGAAGAGUGCAGCUUGCGAUGCUACGUUUGGGCGGUUCCAAAAAAAUCUGUAUUGCAUGAGCAGCAAAGGGAAUGCAAUUUUUGGUAUGCGGAGAUGGUAUUUGUCGUGCAGAGUAGGCAUCAAGAAGCUCUCAAAAAAUCUGUGAUGCUACAGCAUGCAUCACAGACAUCAUGGCCCAUGCAAAACGUGCAUGACAAGCCUCAGGACCUUCCAGACCCAGACACCUUUGCAAUGCAUAGAUGACGAUUACGAUCGAUUCGGACAACCCGGUCGAGGUGCACGGACUCCUGCGGACGCUCCCCCUCGGCCCGAACCGGCUCUCCGCGUCCAAGACGAAUAGCACGCUGAUCAAGCUGUCCGAGGAGACGACGUUCUUCGAAGCGAGGGGCGUGUUGGAGGCUAUUCUCCGCCUGCCCCAGCACAAGAAGGAACUCGUGACCACGGUUAUGCAAAGGAAAAAUCACCCCUCCCCAUAUCAAAACGAAAUUUCUGAUGCUAGAUUUGGAUACACAAAUCGCGUCUGUGUUGCGGUAAAGGACUGCACGCAGAUCGGAGGCCUUCCAGCAUUGCAAACGGCCUGCGUGAUAACGCGGCGGACAGGCUGAACUUGCCUGCUUGCAAGACAGAUGCGAUUUGUGGUCACAAAUCUGCAUCGCAAAUUUUCAGAGUGAUGCGCUUCCAAUAUGGGGAGGGGGGAUUUUUCCUUGCAAUAACGGUUGCGGUGAACCCCGACGUGAUCGACCUCCUGGACGCGGACGGCGACAGACUGAAGAAUGACACUGGAUAUCCAAUGUGAAAACGUCCCCGCCCCAGAGUUGUAUAUGCAAGUCUGCAUGCUUAAAAUCAUGUUUCUCAUGCGAAGAGGUGGACCUAUGAGAACCAGUGGCAUUUUGGGAUUUGUGAUGCUCGAAUCUGACUGCGGGGUAGGGACGCUUUUACUCAGGAUGCCGGAACUAUUGAACACAUCACCGUGAAGUACCUGGACGAGACCGCUUUGCAGGGCGCCAACCUGGACGCCUUUUUAGUCAAGUCCGUGGAACAGGAGGCGCAGGAGAUCGAGCGGGAG